AUGGACUCGAAAGACGUUUGCAUAGAAAUAGAAAACGAUGAGUUUUACAGCAAGUUCUUAGUAGAUUCGGCGAAACCGAUAAUUAGUGAUAACAUUUCAGUAACAGAACAAGUUAACAGACUUACUCAAGGCAUCGAAAAGUUAAGUAAAAGCCUAGAAACUCAAGUUCUAGCUAAACAUAAUGAUUUACUUACACAAGCAAUCAAUAUAACGGAUCUUGAGAGUAUGUUAGACACAGUACGUGUCCAAGUGCAGGCAUUGUUAAAAGGUGCUGAAAAACUUAAGGAACGCGUUCACGUCCCUUAUUACGAACUUGAAAACCAGACGUUGAUGCUCGAGAGGGUCCAAAUUACAUGUAAUUUACUCCGACAUGCAGCCAAGAUACUUGCCUUGUGGACUAAGCUUAAUUCAGUGAAAGAUAAUCCGUCUAAGGAAGCUAUGAUACUCUUCGAAUUAAAGGAAUUAAUAAGUGACUAUGACUUUCAAGGUAUUAAUUUUCUAGAUGAUAUUUUAACAAAAGUUGAGCUCCAGAGAAAUGAAUUAUUAAGAAACUCAACAGAGUUAUUACAAACUAGCUUAUUGGAUGGUGAUAAAACUAAACUUCUCCAGUGUUUCAAAGUAUUUCAUAAUCUGCAAUGCACUGAAGACCAAAUAAAAAGUACAGUAGAUUGCAUUUUGAAAGAUUUAAGGAAAGCUAUUGCAAAUGCUUUAAAUGUCCAAAUGGUGUCCAUAGAAGUAAAGAAAUCUAGCUCCGGUCGCAUAGCACCCGGCAAGGCAAAUAUAAUGAAUGCUCAAGACUUCAAAAUCAAAAUAUGGGACAAUAUAGAAAAAUUGUUUAAAAUUGACAUCUACAACAGCUGUAUGAAGGUUGUGAUGUUGCAGAAUGUUGUUAAUGAACUUCAUGCUAUCGGCAACUUCAGAACCAUAGCCAUCAACUUCUGGAAUGAACUUUCCCUUGUAUUUAGCAACGAGUUAGAAAAAAGCCCAACACAAGUCAGUCAGUCAGUAGAAAUUGAUUUUCCUAAGCUUUUGAAGUGUUUCAACGAUUUACUGUCAAGAUUAAAAUGUAAAAAUUUGGAAGUGAACCGUUCAAGUUUGACAAAAUGGGAAAAUUCCUUCCUAUCAAAAUCUUUAGCUAAGCUAUUAGAACCAGUUAGAAGCAUGUGGCAUUUGAACCAAGUACCUAAUAUGGAUCAAAUUGACAACGCAAUAAGAAUAAUAGCAGAAGCCCUUAGUAUUUCACUCGGAGAUAAACAAUUAAGUAUCAGUUUGGCUCAGAGUGUUGCAAAGAGCGUCAAACAGAUGAAUGUAGAGGCAGAACAACGACUUUCAAUGGAAAACGAUGUUGCACAAAUAAUAGAAGCUCCGACUAGCUCCCAGCAGAGAAAUGCAGAUCUUUGUAACGCUUUGUAUUAUUUUUCAUCCCAAAUCAAUAGAGUACUUACCAAUAUGAAUUCCUUAUUGCCUCAAGAAAGUGUGCAAAUCGUCCAAAAUAGUCUAAAAGAUAUAUCAAGUUUGCCAGUACUCAAUUUGUAUGCCGAUUCUAUAAAGAAGUCCAUAUAUCUCAUUCUGGCGACCAUGCACGAUGAACCUGAUUUGAUCAAAGCUGAUGACGUCCCCAAGACUAUGUCUUGCAGCCCAUAUAUGAAAGAAUUACAGCAAUUCGUAUCUAGGUGCAAAGAAAUCUAUUUAUCAAUGUUCCAUGAAAAGGCAGCGCUCAACGAAUGCUGCUUAGACAUUUCAAAAUGCUGCAUAGAAAGAUUCAUCCAGCAUGUGUGUAAUGUAAGACCUCUCAGUAAAUAUGGGAGAGCGAAAUUACAAGCUGAUUGCAAACAUCUAGAAACUUCGUUAUCCCCUUUAGUAAGCGAUUUGACAGAGUUGGGCGAUUAUUAUAGACAGUUACGAGCAUUAUUCCUACUAUUGGAGAAAACACCUCAGGAUAUAUUGAAAAGUCAACAAGAAGGGGCUUUACUGCCUUAUUCUAUGGUGACGAUGUUUUUAUUCUCUCACGCUGGGCCUCAACUUUUAGCGCCACAUACGUGCGCCGGUUGGAACAUACAGAAAUUAAUACAAUGGCUGGUAACCCAUAGAAAUGAAAAAGAUAGAUUGGAAUUCGUCGCAGGAGCGUUACAGAGAUAUCAAAACCAUGUGAGACAAAACAAGAUAGCAACAUAUGAUGAUGUUUACCCCAUACUGGUACAACUGCUACAAGAUGGAAGAAAGGCUAUAAAGAAAUGA